CGUUCUGACCAUCGGCCUCUUGGGUGAUUUUCGCCAGCGAUGGUGCCAUAUCCGCCAUCUCCCGUUUUCAAUAUAACGUGUAAUGACAACGGCGGGCUUGAAAAUGGAGGCCUAUCCCACUGGAGGUUCGAGUUCGAUAAAUAAGCUACAUUGACGCUUCCGAGGAGCUACUCAUCCAGACAACCCUGCUCCAUAAUAUUUAAGUUCCCUCUGUUGAUCGUUGAGCGCUCAGUAUGGCGCCUUCUCUUGAGGAUCCGUCCUUGGCUCCGUCCUUAGACCAUGUUAUUCUUCCAAAAAAAGAGGUCACUGGCGACAACAGGUUUCAGUACACCCCAGGACGCACUGUUGUUGAGCGUCACGACAAUUACCCCUAUGAGGAUCUUCUACCUACGUUCCCUAACAUUCAGUGGAGCCCGCUAGAGGAGCUUCCCUAUGAAGACAGAGGACUUCGUGGAGAUCCAAAGUUCCGUAACCUCCUGCGGGAUGCAACAGAUGUUUUUGAUUACACCCCCAAAAUCGGGACUGAACUUCACGGUGUCAACUUGGCAAAGUUAGAUGACGCCCAAAGAGAUGACUUAGCCCGGCUAGUCGCUAUUCGCGGGGUAGUGUUCGUCCGUGACCAGAAGGACUUCGACAUCGAAGCCCAAAGGGAACUGGGUAGACAUUUCGGCACCUUGCACAAGCAUGCUACUACAUCUGUUCCGAAGAAGGAAGGCUUGGAAGAUGUCCAUGUUGUCUAUAGCGGAGACAACUCUGGUGAUCAGCGAGCAUUGUUCACACCAAGCUUCUUAUGGCAUUCAGAUGUGACCUACGAGUUACAACCGCCAUCAUACACAUCAUUAAAGGUUCUUACCGGGCCUCCCCGUGGCGGAGGUGGCGAUACACUCUGGACUUCUCAAUACGCAGCAUACGAUGCUCUGUCCUCACAUAUGCAAACAUAUCUCAAGGGCUUGACUGCUCUUCAUUCAGCAGACAUGCAAGCUUCUGAUUCACGCGCCCUCGGCCGAACGGUUCGCCGCGAGCCUGUCACUACAGAACACCCCUUGAUUCGCACGAACCCGGUCACCGGCUGGAACAGUCUUUUCUUCAAUCCCGGGUUUGUGACUAAGAUCGUCGGAAUCCCUAAGACAGAGAGCGAUGCGAUUAUCAAAUACCUCACCGACGUCAUUGCUACCACCCAAGAGAUGCAUGCACGAUUUCAAUGGAACAAGGAUGAUGUGGCUAUCUGGGACAAUCGGACUACGAAUCACAGCGCGUCAUAUGGAUUUGCACCCCACCGUCGCCAUGCUGUCCGGGUCGCAGCUCAAGCUGAACGUCCCUACCUGGACCCGGCCGGCAAAUCACAAGAAGAGGAAUACAUUGCGCUCUAUAAUUUACCGCCUGUGAACAAGGAUGGCUCUCGUCAGUCGAACUACAAUGAUUAAGCUAUUUAUUCACUGCUUUCACUGCUGAGCGAAACCUGCAUCCUCGUACAUACUGAAGACAUGGCGUUUACACAUACCCGGGAAAUCGAUUUGUAUUUGAUAGUAUCUGCAUAUAGCGAAUAGCACUGUUUAUCG